UACUAUAAUCUAUAUGUAGUUGUUUGGUAGUCUAGAUUAUACAAAUGUAGAUUAUUCAUAAAGACAACAAUACCAUUAUUUGUUUAUUUGAGGUGGGGAAAGAAGAACAUAUAUUGUAAUUUCUAUUUACAUAACCAUGGGUAGUGGAUCUUUUGCCAACAAUAAUCUCAAAUAAGCUACUCUUGAGGAGAUUAUGAGAUUAUUAUAAUCUGGACUUUAGAUUAUAUAAUCUAAACUCAUAAUCUAAGUGUUUAUUUAUUUGCUGGAUUAUUUGCGCUGAAUUAUAUAAUCUAGAGAGAUUAUAAUCCGAAACAAACAGGGCAUUUGUCCGAGGCUCCAAGCUACUAGUCAGUCGUGACUCGUGCGUACGUACGUGUGCCGACAAAGUGAUGAAUCACCCAAACAACCACACCACGAACAUCUGACAUCUCAUCUUGAUCCAUCCAGCUUUGCCUCGAUCCCCGGUCCGGCCGGCCGGUAGCCAUGUCCACCGCGGAAGAAGCCGCUGCUGGUGGUGGCGACGACUAUGACCGCUUGAGCGAGCUGAAGGCGUUCGACGACAGCAAGGCCGGCGUCAAGGGCCUCGUGGACGCUGGCGUCACGACCAUCCCUGCCAUCUUCCGCGGCCAUCUCCUAUCAUCCUCUAGCAGUAGCAGCAGUACUAGUCUUAGCAUUAUCCCGGUCAUCGACCUCUCGGCGGCGGACGCAGUCGCACGGGAGGAGGUGGUCGCCCAGGUGAAGGCUGCAGCCGAGACGGUGGGGUUCUGUCCGAGAUGCUGGCGUCGGUGAGGCGGUUCAACGAGGAGCCCCACGAGGUGAAGCGGCCCUACUACACGCGGGACGCCCGUCGCAAGGUGCGGUCCAACUCCAACUUCGAUCUGUUCCAGUCGCCGGCGGCCAACUGGCGCGACACGGUCUUCUGCGAGGCAGCGCUCUCGGAGGCCCUGGGGCUGGGCCCCGGGCAGUAUCUCUUUGGAGAAGAUCGAUUGGCAGUCCCAUGUUCAGCUGCCUCCUUUGAAGAUUGAACCAUUUCUUGUUGUCUAGAUCGCUCAACACAUAAGAACUAGUGUAUUCAGACUGAAACUGAUCCCUCAGAGCUGCACUGACCAAUGCGAAAGUAACUUGCACUGAGGCGUCUAAGUUCAACAAACUCCAGCAAGAUCUUGCAAAAGAGCAGUUAAGAAACAGAUGUUCUGAAGAAUCAAGGUGCAUGUUCUUCCUUGUUACGGGGCAUGGUCUGUGGGUAAAACUCCGAAGAUCCAAUCAGUUGAACAAAGGACAAGCUGCUCGCCUUGUGUUGGAUAUGUCAAGGUAGAAUCAUCAACACUACCAAAACACUACCUUGGAAUUUGGAAACAUACAUUGGCGAAGAAUAAACAAGGAAAAAAAAACUCAGAUUGACCAUUGACGCAUUUACAAGGACACGUUCCAGAGUAGAUAACUAGGCGUCACUCCAGCAGGAUAACUCAGUUUCCCCGAAAUUUGGAUGACAAAAAGUUUUGGAACUUACAAAAUUCGUCCAUGGCAUCCAGAGGAGGAAGUGUGAAGGGAGGAAGAACGCUUUGUCCAGCCUUCGGAUCCAUCACACCUGUCGCAGGUGGGAGCGCCAGCGCAGGUUGCUGCUUGUUUAGCUUCUCAAUGAUGUAAGAGAAAGUCCCAAAGGUCAGGCAGCUCUGAAUCAGAGUUUGUGGUGCACCUGAAACCCAGUACAAAAAUGUGAUAUUGAUUUCAACAAUUACUGCACCAGGACAUCAUUCUAAUAAAUAAAAACAAGUCAGCAUAACAAAUUAACUUGAACAGAAUGCAAACAGUCAACGUAUGACACGGACAUCAACAGAAUACGAGUAAUUGGAAUCUAAACAUUGAUACACCAUAAUGCAUAAGAAACAAACCACAAUCAAUUAUGGAGACAUCCUAAGGACAUCAAAAUGCAGAAUUGUUAAGAAUAAUAACCAUCCAACUUUCUAUCCGUGACAGUCAGUCAGGCACUAAGGACAUCACAUAAGUAUGCAUGUUUCUCAUAAAAGGAACAAGUCUAUAAAACCUUCUAACUUUUCGAGGGUGGUAUACUUUACCUCGUCACCUUUAAAACUAGUUAUUUAGCCCCCUCAACUUUACAAAACCAGACAAAUAACCCCUAGACAAUUUUAGUUAGCGGUUUUGAUGACGUGACACUAAUUUAAGUGACAUCAGUUUUGUCUUUUUUUUAAUUGUCUUCUAUUAGUGUCCAAAUUUUAUAUAAUUUUACACAAAAAUCUAUAAUUAGCUAUUAUGUGUUCCGUAAUUUUCCUGUAAUUUUAGAAAUAUCAGCUUACUAAAUAACAAAAACUACAUAAAAAAA